UGUGUCUUGGAAAGCUACAGAGAGUUCUUACAGAGUGUCACAUAUCUAGGAUAAUCCAUUGCUUAUUCAUUUUCUCAUUUAAGUGUAAGAUGUAAAUAUUGUGUUUUGUAUUCUUCCUGGAGGCUGUUGUUGUUUGUGUCCUGGAAAGCUACAGAGAGUUCUUACAGUCUUAUGGAGUAUUUUUGGCCAAAACCUUAAAGAAGAAUUUGAGACAAGAUGAAGCCUUUUCAAGCAGACUGCUUUGACGCUCAGUGGUGCCUCCAUCCAUCACUACCAACAGUCCAUGAGUAACAGACAUUACACCACCCCUCUGGUGACUGAACCAGGGAGCCAUGCAGAGGCCACAGGUCACCGGUGGCACCCCGCUACAGAUCCCACCACAGCCUGUACCAAAGAACAGGCACUCCAUCCUCCUGUACACCAUCCAACCCUUACUGACAGAGACAGUUAUCAGUAAGGAAAUCCACCCCCAUCCCCAGCCUGACUCCCCACAAACCUGUGGCACUCAAGGCCCAGGCCAGAGCUGCUGGAACCUGGAUGUGAGAGUUGCCGUGCUGCUGGUGACCGUGGCUGGAGCUCUGAUACUGAUCCUGCUCUACAGACUCCUCCAGCUGAGGCACAGACUGAGGCUGGCCCAGGCUCGACACGCCCUGGAGUACUACAGUUUCUACCACACCGCCACCUACACCCUCAACGACCCCAGGCUGCCCCAGAUACUGCCCACGAAUGGAGAUGCUAUAGAGGUCACCCCUGUGGCCAACCCUGUGGCCCCUAUUGUUGUCACCCCACUACCACCUCCACCGGUCUCCCCACCACCCACUCUACCCCUCCCUCCACCCCCCAUCCUGCCUCUACCCCCUCGCCUACCUCCCCCUCCUCUACUGCCUCCACCCCUUCUCCCGCUCUCUUCCUCACUCUCUCUCCCUCUGCCCCUGCCCAUCAUCCACACCACCCCACCCAGCCCUCACCAGUCCUGGGGCGCCAGCUCUGAUGCAGAGGUGUAUUCUCGGAUCGGAGCGUUCAGACCAUCCAGGCUGUCCAGCCUCAGCCACUCACAGGUCAUCCUGUUUGAACAUUCCUCUCUCUGA